CUCUUUUUUUAUUACUAUUUAUUCGUCUUCCCCCUCUUGUCUUCCACCUCGACUCAACUCAACUCGCACAAAUAUCUUCUCUCUUCUCACCCACCGCCCGAUUCUUCGAGUCCCCGAUUUGGUUCGGCCUGAAGAAGGGUCUGGGUCUCUCUAGAGAAAAAUCCGAGUAUUAUGGGCGAGGAGGCGCCGGAGGAGUACGAGCUGGGCGGCGGGGAGGACGAGCGGGUGAUGGAGUGGGAGACGGGGCUGCCCGGCGCCGACGAGCUGACCCCGCUGUCGCAGCCGCUGGUGCCGGCGGGGCUGGCGGCGGCGUUCCGCAUCCCGCCGGAGCCCGGGCGCACGCUGCUCGACGUGCACCGCGCGUCGGCGGCGACGGUGUCCCGGUUGCGGCGCGCGUCGUCGUCGUCGUCGAGCUCGUUCCCGGCGUUCGCGUCGAAGGGAGCGGGAACGGGAGCGGACGAGGCGGAGUCAGGGGGAGGCGCGGAUGGGGGGAACGGGAACACCAACAACAGCAGCAGCAAGAGGGCGCGGCUGGUGUGGACGCCGCAGCUGCACAAGAGGUUCGUGGAGGUGGUGGCGCACCUGGGGAUGAAGAACGCGGUGCCCAAGACGAUCAUGCAGCUGAUGAACGUGGAGGGCCUCACCCGGGAGAACGUCGCCAGCCACCUCCAGAAGUAUCGCCUCUACGUGAAGCGGAUGCAGGGCCUCUCCAACGAGGGCCCUUCCCCCUCCGACCACAUCUUCGCCUCCACCCCCGUCCCCCACGCCUCCCUCCACGACCAGGUUCCUUCUCCUUACCACCCCCACCCCCACCACCACUCCUACAACAACGCCGCCUAUGCCGCCACCGUCUCCUCCUACCACCACUACCACCACGCCAACCACUGAUCCAUUCCUUCUCAUCAUCAUUUCAUUUCCACAUCUAUAUACCACAUACUACUCCAUAACGAAGGUGUUUCAUCAAUAAGAGAAGAGAAGAGAAGAGAAUGCUCCCUCAACUGUAAACUCCUAAUUCUAAUUAAGGGCAAAGUGUAUCCAUCCAUCCAUCCACGCUGUUUGUUUGUAGCUGUUGUUAAUUGAGCUGGAUGCAUGACAUGUAUCUCUAUGUACCUACCUGCGUGACAAAGGCAUCAUGCAUAUGUAUGGUUCCCUUGCAAUUUGGGGAAUCCAGAAAUGAUUCAUACUUGUGAUUCUUGCAAUUGUGAUGCUCA